UAUGUCACCAAUGGGCCAAUGAUAUCGUCUGUCGUGGAAAUCGUCCAGUAUGAAAAGUGGAUUCAUGCUUUGAUGGGCCACUGGGCCAAUCUGACGCGGUGGGUUAUGGAAUGCUGGAUGAACUUCCCCCACUGGAUUUCCCAGCCGCAUGUUUUCGCGAUUAUUGUUGCAUUUUCGAUUGCCUUCGCCGUGACUUGCACUGUCUGUCUAUCGGCCGGUUUGGGACCAAUUGGCAUUGUUGGCGGCCCGAUAGCGGCGUUAUACCAGACUGCAAUUUACAGCAAUUUGACCCCCGUUGGAAACAUUUUUGCGACCUUGGCAAGUAUGCUGCUGACCGUCAUCCUGGCAUUUCCGGUCUUUGUGGUGGCGUCCGUCAUCGCAACCGUUGUAGCGGUGACAGUCUGGUCUUGCGGAGCGGAAGUAUCACCAAACCCGAUGUAAGUAACGGGACAGGUGGUGGUUCUGUGAGGAGGAAGUUUCAAUAUUGCCUGCGUCCCCGCCUCUCUUUGCUCACUCACCACUCCCCUACAUAUUGUCAAGGAACCGCCAAAAUUUUGGACCCGAAAGAAAAGCCUAACUCCGAACUUUUCGAGGCGGCGAAAGGCUUCUAAAAACUUAUGUCCUUCGGUUAAAAAAAGCCCAUUUCCCAAAGAUUCAUUGAAAGACUAUGCUUGAAACAGAUUUACAGACAUCGAAGCAAGCUCAUACAUACAUAGAUAAGAAUUCCAUGGACAGAGACUGUCAAUUUAUA